AUGUCGAACCCACGCAUCGAAGAACUUCCAGAUAACGAGGAGCCAACCAAGCAAGUUACCGCAGAGGAUGAGGGAUCUGAAAGCUCUGACUCUGAGGGAGAGGCAGAGGUAGAAUCUGGAAUUCCAGCAGGUGCUGGAGCCGUCGUUCACUCCCGCAACGAGAAGAAGGCACGCAAGUCAAUUGCUAAGCUCGGUCUCACAAGAGUCCCUGGUAUUACCAGAGUCACUUUGAGACGACCAAAGAACAUCCUUUUCGUCAUUAACAGCCCAGAGGUUUACAAGUCUCCAACCAGCAACACAUACAUUGUAUUCGGUGAGGCUAAGAUUGAGGAUCUUAACUCUCAAGCUCAAGCUUCUGCUGCCGCACAAUUGGCUGCUCAGGAGUCCCACGAUCACGCCGGACACGACCACUCUGGCCACGACCACUCCCACGAUAACGGAAAGGGCAAGGCUAUUGAUACUGGUGAUGAGAAGAAAGAGGAAGAAGAGGAUGAUGGAGAGGAAGUUGACGCCACUGGACUUGAGGACAAGGAUAUUGAAUUGGUCAUGACCCAAGCCAGUGUCUCGCGCAACAAGGCUGUGAAGGCAUUGAAGGAGAAUGACAAUGAUAUAGUCAACUCUAUCAUGGCUUUAAGCAUAUAG